CCAGAGCCCGCGCGUGCGCCGUGCGCAGGCAGCGCACCCGGGCUUGGGCGCUGAGCGUGCGGGCUGGGAGUCGGCGGGAGUCUCAGUGCUGCUGGGGGCGAGUCUAUAGCGUGAGGUGCCCUUGAGCUGAAGACCAUGAACCGCAGCCGCCAGGUGACGUGCGUGGCCUGGGUCCGCUGCGGCGUGGCCAAAGAGACUCCGGACAAGGUAGAGCUUAGUAAAGAAGAAGUAAAACGUCUCAUUGCUGAAGCAAAGGAAAAAUUACAAGAAGAAGGUGGCAGUGAUGAAGAGGAGACAGGCGAUCCUUCGGAAGAUGGCAUGCAGAGUGCACGUACCCAGGCACGACCAAGGGAACCCCUGGAAGAUGGUGACCCAGAGGACGACAGGACGUUGGAUGACGAUGAACUGGCCGAGUAUGACCUAGAUAAAUACGAUGAGGAAGGUGACCCAGAUACUGAAACUCUUGGUGAGUCUCUUUUGGGUCUUACAGUCUAUGGAAGUAAUGAUCAAGAUCCUUAUGUUACUCUGAAGGAUACGGAACAAUAUGAACGUGAAGAUUUCUUGAUCAAGCCCAGUGACAAUCUCAUAGUCUGUGGCAGAGCUGAACAAGACCAGUGCAAUUUAGAGGUGCAUGUUUAUAAUCAGGAAGAAGAUUCUUUUUAUGUGCAUCAUGAUAUACUGCUGUCUGCAUACCCUCUAAGCGUGGAAUGGCUGAAUUUUGAUCCUAGCCCAGAUGAUUCUACAGGAAAUUACAUUGCUGUGGGAAAUAUGACUCCUGUUAUUGAAGUGUGGGACCUUGAUAUAGUGGACUCUUUAGAGCCAGUCUUCACACUUGGAAGUAAACUAUCAAAAAAGAAGAAAAAGAAAGGAAAGAAGAGUUCCUCAGCAGAGGGGCAUACCGAUGCUGUCCUGGACCUUUCUUGGAAUAAGCUGAUCAGAAACGUGUUGGCAAGUGCAUCAGCUGACAACACUGUAAUUCUGUGGGAUAUGUCCUUGGGGAAACCAGCAGCUAGCCUUGCCGUACACACAGACAAGGUCCAGACUCUGCAGUUUCAUCCAUUUGAAGCACAGACUCUGAUUUCUGGAUCCUAUGAUAAGUCAGUGGCUUUGUAUGACUGCCGAAGUCCAGAUGAAAGCCAUCGGAUGUGGCGUUUCAGUGGGCAGAUUGAGAGAGUGACUUGGAAUCACUUUUCACCUUGUCAUUUUUUGGCCAGCACAGAUGACGGCUUUGUGUAUAAUUUGGAUGCACGUUCAGAUAAGCCAGUUUUUACACUCAAUGCACACAAUGAUGAAAUCUCCGGUCUUGAUCUAAGUAGUCAAAUCAAGGGCUGUCUUGUGACAGCAUCAGCAGACAAAUAUGUGAAAAUCUGGGACAUAUUAGGAGACAGGCCAAGUCUGGUUCACUCUAGAGACAUGAAAAUGGGAGUUCUCUUCUGUUCUUCCUGUUGCCCCGAUUUGCCAUUUAUUUAUGCUUUUGGAGGUCAGAAGGAAGGACUUCGGGUCUGGGAUAUAAGCACAGUCUCAUCAGUAAAUGAAGCAUUUGGAAGACGAGAGAGGCUUGUUCUCGGCAAUACAAGAAGUUCAUCUAUUAGUGGCCCUUUUGGGAGCAGGAGCUCAGACACACCAAUGGAGUCUUAAUGAGGAUCAUAAACUUUUUAUUACUUUAACUCCGCUUUUUAAAAAGCUAGCCUAAAAACAUCCAUGUAUGGCCACAGCCAUGUAGUGACUGAAACAAAUUUCAUCUUCUGCCAGACAUUCUCCUGCAGCUAUGGGGCAGCACAAACAGGGUUGAUCUUUGUGCUUGCCUUUUAAAUGUGGUGUUUAGGGCUCCCACUGCAUUUCUUAAAGAGGGUAAUAAAAACAAAAAAAGUAUUUAAAAAAUAAUUCCUUAAAUAUGCCAUCGUGUCAUAGGUAACCUAGGUUUGUAAAAUAGUCAUUUAUGGAAUUUUAGAAGAACAAUGAUUUGGCCAAGAUUUCACACUAGCCAUGAACACCCAGGAAUUGUUCUUCCUGAGUUGAUUGUUCUCCAGUUGAUGUUCAUGAUUUCAGAAAUGUUCUCUAUGCUACUCGUAAAGUUUAAUCACUAAAUUAAAAGUGGCCUGCCUUCCCCCCCCCCCCC